AUGAAAUCGUCUCCAACAGGGCAACAACACUAUCUAUCUAUCUAUCUAUCUAUCUAUCUAUAUAUCUAUCUAUCUAUCUAUCUGCGCAUAUGUAGGAUUUUUCCUUUUGGUCAUUCAUCUAUCUAUAUAUCUAUCUAUCUAUCUAGCUAUCUAUCUAUCUAUCUAGCACCCACAAUAUCAAAUCCUGGCCACAACACUAUCUAUCUAUCUAUCUAUCUAUCUAUCUAUCUAUCUAUCUAUCUGUCUGUUAUGACGUCAAUUCAUCCAUCGCACCAUCUAUCUAUCUAUCUAUCUAUCUAUCUAUCUAUCUAUCUAUGUCUUCAUUUCUUCUGCUUCUUCUUCUUCUUCUCCUCCCCCUUCUUCUACUUCUUCUUCUUCUCCUCCUCCUCCCCCUCCUCUCCCUUCUUCUUCUUUUUCCCCUUCUUCCACUUCUUCUUCUUCUUCUUCUUCUUCUUCUUCUUCUUCCACUCUUCUUCUUCUUCUUUUUCCCCUUCUUCCACUUCUUCUUCUUCUUCCACUCUUCUUCUUCUUCUUCUUCUUUUUCUUCUUCUUCUUCUUCCACUCUUCUUCUUCUUCUUUUUCUUCUUCAACUCUUCUUCUUCUUCUUCCACUCUUCUUCUUCUUCCACUCUUCUUCUUCUUCUUCUUCUUCUUCUCCCUCUUCUUCUACUUCUUCUUCCACUCUUCUUCUUCUUCUUCUUCUUCCACUCUUCUUCUUCUUCCACUCUUCUUCUUCUUCCACUCUUCUUCUUCUUCUUCUUCUUCUUCUUCUCCCUCUUCUUCUACUUCUUCUUCUUCUUCUUCUUCCACUCUUCUUCUUCUCCUCCUCCCCGUUCUUCUUCUUCUUCUUCUUCUUCUUCUUCUUCUUCUUCCUUUUCUUCUCCUUCUUCCACUCUUCUUCUUCUUCUUUUUCUUCCACUCUUCUUCUUCUCCUCCUCCUUCUUCUUCUCCUUUUUUAACUCUUCUUCUUCUUCUUCUUCUCAUCCCCCUUCUUCUUCUUCUUCUUCUUGCAUCCCUUCAGAUCAUGGCUUUCACAUUAUCCUAUCUCGUUUCUCUCCCUCCUUUUCGUUAUAUUUUUUUAUGGUUUUAUUUUUUUUUUCUCACUUUCUUUCUUUUUUCGUUCUGUUUUUCUUCUUCUUCUUUCUUUGCAUCCUUUUCCUUUUCUUUCCAUCAUUUUUCUUUAACCUUUUUCUUUCCCCUUUUGCUUUCUAUUGCCUUCUUGUUUUUCUCCUAUUUCUUUCUUUUCUCUUUUCUUUCAUUUCUAUUUUCUUUCUUCCUUCAUUUUCUUUUCUCCUUUUUUCUUUUUCUCGCAAUUUUUCUUUUUCUCUCUCCAUUUUUCUUUAUUUCUUUAUUUUUCUUUCUUUCUUUUUUUUAUUCGUUCUUAUUUUCUUUCUUUUUCCUUUUUUUCUUUCCAUCCUUUUUUUCUGUUUUUGCUUUUUAUUUUGAAUUUUUUUUUACUCUUUUCUUCCCUUUUUCUUUCUUUACACCCUUUUUCUUUUCUUCGUCCUUUUUUCUUUUUCUUUUUACUUUCUCUUCUUCCUAUUUGUCUUCAUUAUUGUAUAUUUUACCCAUUUUCUUUUGCCACUAUUGA